UAAUCGCGCUUAGUCACAGGUUGCCAAAGCGCGUAGACGGUCAGAAAUGGACGACACCGACUUCUCGCUGUUCGGGAAGAACAACAAGCACAAGAAGGACAAGGCGGAUGCCACCCAGAUCGCUAAGACGCCCACCUCGGAGCUGGAUCUCAAGAGGAUUAUAAUCUCGCGACCAACAACGGAGGAUACAUACGAGAAUUGCCAAAGGGCUGGUAUAGCACUGAUACUGAAUCACAAGGAUGUCAAGGGACAGAAACAGCGAGUGGGCACCGAACGGGAUCGGGAUGACAUGGAGGCCACGCUCAAGGGUUUCGGAUUCGAUGUGCGAACCUACGACGAUCUGACCUUCUCCGACAUCAACGACAAGCUGAAGGAGGUGGCUCGCGAGGAUCACAGUAAAAACGAUUGCUUUGUCUUGGCGGUGAUGUCCCAUGGCACUGAAGGCAAGGUCUAUGCCAAGGACAUGUCAUAUCCUGUGGAACGUCUCUGGAAUCCCUUCCUCGGCGACAAUUGCAAAACCCUAAAGAACAAGCCAAAACUCUUCUUCAUCCAAGCUUGUCGUGGUAGAAAUCUGGAGAAAGCCGUUGAGUUCUCCAGCUUUGCAGUGAUGACCAGAGAACUGGUCCCGGAGGCACCUGCUCCCGUGCAACCCAUUACCUAUGCCAUACCCAGCACGGCGGACAUGCUCGUCUUCUAUUCCACCUUCGACAAGUUCUUCUCGUUCCGCAACGUUGACGAUGGCUCCUGGUUCAUCCAGAGCCUGUGCCGUGUCCUCGACCAGGCCGCCUCCAAUGAGGCCUCCCAGCCAGAGGGUGCCGAGCUGCUCCGCCUGCUGACCGCCGUGAACCGCAAGGUGGCCUACGAGUAUCAGUCGAAUACUAAGAACGAGGCCCUUAACCAGAUGAAGGAAAUGCCCAACUUUAUGUCCACACUGACCAAAACCUUUCAGCUGCGUGUUAAGCCCAAGACCUGAGAUCUGGUCACGAAAUCAGCGACAAUCCACUUGGGGGACUGUGACUCAGUCCAGAGCGAACCAGAGAACCAGAGGGACACCACAACUCUUUCAUUUAAUAGUAAUGUUUGCAAUUUGUUGAUAGAAAUACAUAUCGAUGGCACUUA